AGAGGAUUUCAACUUGAAUUUCCAGAUAAUUUUAUAUUAUCUCAUUCGUUUAAAAGAACAUUAAUUAAUUACAUUUUACAUUUUGCUAUAAUAUACCACUUUAAAUUUAUUCUUAUUCAAUUUUCUUUUUUAUAAAUAUACCUACCUAUCUUAAUUUAUUUCAAUUUACUAUUUCAAUAACUAUGGUUCAUAUUCCCUUUGACCCACGAACAAUCGGUUACGAUGACCAUCAUUCAUCUAUUAGUCAAAUAGGCGCAGGCGCUGAUGAAAACUAUUUCUAUUUUCGCGGACUUAACCCCUAUCAGCGCGGAUAUGGAAGACAGGCGGGUGGUGGAGUUGGGAUGUACUUAGAACUUUUUGGCGAUUCCUAUUACCUUAUGCCAAACGCGCGGGAACUGCUGUAGCAAAAGAAGCACUGGAUACUGGUGGAAGAAUUUUAGAAAGUGUGG